AAGCUGCCAAGUGGCUCAGACUACGCGAACCACGCAGCUACAUCGUGUAGUGUGCACAGUUGAACUCACAUGGCGUCCUUCGAGCAGAUGGACGCGAACCAGGAUGGCGUGAUCUCGCGGGAGGAGUUUGCCGCUCUCAUGGCACAGGGUGAAGGCAUGCCCGUGGCUACAGGCAUGCCUGUGGCAACCGGCACCAUGCCGAUGCCAACCCAGGCCAUACCCGUGCCUGCCGGCACCAUGCCCAUGGCGGCAGGCACCAUGCCCAUGCCGACCUAUGCCACGGCCCCAGGUUCGGUGACAUACGGAGCUCCGAUGGCCUACCCACAGCCGACCGCUUCGACCAUGGGCGGCCCAAUGAUGCUGAUGGAGCCAGUCGCAGUCCCACCUUCUGCGCAACCCAUGAGCCAAGCUCCAGUGUAUUCUGCUCCACCUACAUAUGGGCAGCCCGUGUAUGGCGCGCCCAUGCCACAGUCUCAACCUGGAGCUUAUGCAGAGUCGCAGCCAGCCACCUACGCAGCACCUCCCACAUAUGCUGCACCUGCCACCUAUGCGGCGCCUCCCACCUACGCUGCACCAACCACAGAGCCGCAGCCUGCCACCUAUGCAGCACCUCCAACCUAUGCUGCGCCAAUCACAGAGCCGCAGCCUGCCACCUAUGCAGCACCUCCGACCUACGCUGCGCCAACCACAGAGCCGCAGCUUGCCACCUAUGCAGCACCUCCAACCUACGCUGCACCAACCACUGAAGGGCAGCCUGUCGCCUACGGAGCACCUCCCAUGUACGCUGCGCCAACCACUGGGCCGCAGCCCGUCACCUACGGAGCACCACUCACCUAUGGUGCACCUCCCACCUAUGGACAAGGCACCUAUGGUGCUCCCACUGAUCCGCAGCCAAUCACAUAUGGCGCGCCACUGACCCAAGCACCAGUUGAGACUUACGGUGGCCCCUCCGGCGGAGCACCAGCUCAGGAGCCCAUGGACACAACAAUUGGCAACACAACCCUUGGCGAGCCAGCGCCUGUAUCCACCAAUACGCAUGCCCCGCAGCCGAAGACAUCACGGGCGCAGACAAUCAUGGGCGAAACUACGCAGGUCAAGGUGCCGGUUGAGAGCAUCCCGGACCCAGACAAGGCAUUCAUCAUGUCUGAGACGCGUCCUGAGAUUCACGCCCAGCGGACUCAGGGGGAGGCGGAGUACAUUGCUGGAUUGAACACCGAAAUUGACGCCCAGCCACAGGUGUCCGUGCAGCGCCAAGAAGAGGUUGUGGCCGGCCAGUUGAUGCAAAAGAUCGUGGAGAUACCCACGGUCCAGGAGGUUGUGGAAGAGCAAGAGGUGCCAGAAGUGCAGAUUGUGCAGAAGGUGGUGGAGGUCCCACAAGUGGUGCAGCAGGAAGUCACCAGAACGGUACAGCAGGUUGUGCAUGUGCCAAAAAUCACAGAGCAAAAGCGUGUUCAGCAUCGUUCCGUGGAGCAGGUUGUGGAUGUGCCGAUUCCACAGGUUGUGGAAGAGAUUGUGCAUGUCCCAGUGUCCCUUACACAGACACGCCAAUAUCACCGACACGUUGAAGAGCAAGUUGAGAUACCAGUUCCAAUGACGCAGGAGGAAGUUGUGCAUGUCCCGAAGGUGAUGACGCAGCAACGGGUGCAGCAGCAUCAUGUGGAGCAGUUGGUUGAGGUGCCUGUUCCGAUGACGCAGGAGGAAGUGGUCCAUGUCCCAAAGGUCAUUACUCACACACGCGUGCGCCAGCAGCCGGUUGAGCAGAUUGUCGAAAUUCCUGUUCAUAUGACGCAAGAGGAGGUCGUGCACGUGCCGGAGAUAAUCGUACACACCCGUGUGCAGCAGCAACACGUGGAGCAAGUGGUGGAAGUCCCAAUUCCCAUGCAGCAGGAGGAAGUGGUGCACGUGCCCAAGACUGUGACCCGCACCCGCGUUCAGCACCAGCAAGUGGAACAGGUGGUGGAGAUCCCAGUGCACAUGACAGAGGAGGAAGUGGUGCACAUCCCCAAAACCAUGACCCGCACCCGCGUUCAGCACCAGCAUGUGGAACAGACGGUGGAGAUCCCUGUGCACAUGACAGAGGAGGAAGUGGUGCACGUCCCCCAGACUGUGACCCACACGCGCGUUCAGCACCAGCAAGUGGAACAGGUGGUGGAGAUCCCAGUGCACAUGACCGAGGAGGAAGUGGUGCACGUCCCCAAGACUGUGACCCACACCCGCGUUCAGCAGCAGCAUGUGGAACAGACGGUGGAGAUUCCCGUGCACAUGACAGAGGAGGAAGUGGUGCACGUCCCCAAGACUGUGACUCACACCCGUGUUCAGCACCAGCACGUCGAGCAGACAGUUGAAGUUCCUGUGCCCAUGACUCAAGAGGAGACUGUCCACGUGCCAAAGAUUAUGACGCAAACUCGCCGCCAGCACCAACACGUGGAACAAACCGUGGAGGUUCCCGUGCCCAUGACGCAAGAAGAGGUUGUGCACGUGCCCAAGGUCGUCACUCAGACACGUGUGAGGCAACAGCAUGUAGAGCAGACAGUGGAGGUCCCAGUGCCCAUGACUCAGGAGGAGGUUGUGCAUGUUCCCAAAGUGAUUGAACAUGAGCGAGUCUCGCAUCAGCACGUGGAAGAAGUUGUGGAGGUGCAUGUGCCGAUGAUCCAGGAGCAAGUUGUGCAUGUGCCAAAGGUUAUCACACAUGAGCGGCAACACCACUUCCACGUCGAAGAGGUCGUGGACGUGCCAUUGGAGCAACAUGUUGAACAGGUGGUCCACGUCCCGGUGGUGCACAAGGUGGAGCGCAUCGUGCACAACCCAGUCGAUCUCAUGGUCGAGGUUCCGAAGCCCAUCGUUGUGGAAAAAACCAUUGAGGUGCCCAAAAUUCAGGUGGAGGAAAGAACCGUCCGUGUUCCCAAGGUGCUGAACACGGUCGUGGACAGAGUGGUGCAACAUCAAAUCGAGACUGUCGAGGUUGUCAAGCCGAAGGUUGUGCACAAGGUGGUUCAAAGGAGGAGGCCCGUGGUGCAGGAGCAAGUGCAGCACGUGCCCAGGGUGGUUGUGCAGCACGUGCCGCGCGAUGAGAUCGUGACACAGGAGGUCGAGAUUCCGCAGAUUCAGUACAUAGACGAGUUUGUGGAUGUGCCAGUUGUCCGUCACAGGCAGGUCCCCGUGGCUGUGAAGCAGCAGAAGGAGGUGCAGGUACCACAGAUUGAGUAUGUCGAUGAGCAUGUUGACAUUCCCAUUCAAAAGCAAGUUCGUGUGCCCAUGGUCCAGAAGGUGCAAAGGAGCGUGGACGUACCUCAGAUUGAAUACGAGGAUCAAGUCGUUGAAGUCCCCGUUCAGAAGCAAGUGCGCGUACCAAUGGUUCAGAAGGUUCAGAAAAGUGUGGAUGUGCCUCAGAUCGAGUACGAGGACCAGGUGGUGGAAGUCCCCGUGCAGAAGCACGUCCAGGUGCCCAUGAUCCAGACGGUGCAAAAGACAGUCAAAGUGCCCCAAAUCCAGUAUGAGGACCAGGUUGUGGAGGUGCCAAUCCAAAAGCAAGUGCACGUGCCCGUCAUACAGAAGGUGCAGAAGAGCGUGGACGUACCUCAGAUUGAGUACGAGGACCAGGUGGUGGAGGUCCCUGUGCAGAAGCACGUGCGCGUGCCCCUCAUCCAGAAGGUGCAGAAGAGUGUGGAAGUGCCACAGAUUGAGUACGAGGACCAGGUUGUGGAGGUCCCUGUGCAGAAGCACGUGCGCGUGCCCUUGAUCCAGAAGGUGCAGAAGAGUGUGACAGUGCCACAGGUUGAGUACGAGGACCAGGUUGUGGAGGUCCCUGUGCAGAAGCACGUGCAGGUGCCCCUUGUCCAGAAGGUGCAGAGGAGUGUGAUGGUGCCACAGGUUGAGUACGAGGACCAGGUUGUGGAGGUUCCUGUGCAGAAGCACGUGCAGGUGCCCCUUGUCCAGAAGGUGCAGAAGAUUGUGGAUGUGCCUCAGGUUGAGUACCAGGAUCAGGUGAUUGAGAUUCCUGUCCAGAAACAGGUUCAUGUGCCGAUGGUGCAGACUGUUCAGAAGCAGGUGGAGGUGCCUCAGAUCCAGUACGAGGAUGAGGUUGUGCACAUCCCUGUUGAGCGCCACGUUCACGUGCCCAUGGUGCAGAAGGUGCAGAGGGAGGUUCAGAUCCCGCAAGUCCAGUACGAAGAUCAGGUGGUGGAAGUGCCCAUUCAAAACAAGUUCGUGUGCCCAUGGUCCAGAAGGUGCAAAGGAGCGUGGACGUACCUCAGAUUGAAUACGAGGAUCAAGUCGUUGAAGUGCCCGUUCAGAAGCAAGUGCGCGUACCAAUGGUUCAGAAGGUUCAGAAAAGUGUGGAUGUGCCUCAGAUCGAGUACGAGGACCAGGUGGUGGAAGUCCCCGUGCAGAAGCACGUCCAGGUGCCCUUGAUCCAGAAGGUGCAGAAGACAGUGGAAGUGCCGCAGAUUGAGUACGAGGAUCAGGUUGUGGAGGUGCCAAUCCAGAAGCAAGUGCACGUGCCAGUCAUCCAGACGGUACAGAAGAGCGUGGACGUACCUCAGAUUGAGUAUGAGGACCAGGUUGUGGAGGUCCCUGUGCAGAAGCAUGUUCGCGUGCCUUUGAUCCAAAAGGUGCAGAAGACGGUGGAAGUGCCGCAGAUUGAGUACGAGGACCAGGUUGUGGAGGUCCCUGUGCAGAAGCACGUGCGCGUGCCCUUGAUCCAGAAGGUGCAGAAGAGUGUGACAGUGCCACAGGUUGAGUACGAGGACCAGGUUGUGGAGGUCCCUGUGCAGAAGCACGUGCAGGUGCCCCUUGUCCAGAAGGUGCAGAAGAUUGUGGAUGUGCCUCAGGUUGAGUACCAGGAUCAGGUGAUUGAGAUUCCUGUCCAGAAGCAGGUUCAUGUGCCGAUGGUGCAGACUGUUCAGAAGCAGGUGGAGGUGCCUCAGAUCCAGUACGAGGAUGAGGUUGUGCACAUCCCUGUUGAGCGCCACGUUCACGUGCCCAUGGUGCAGAAGGUGCAGAGGGAGGUUCAGAUCCCGCAAGUCCAGUACGAAGAUCAGGUGGUGGAAGUGCCCAUUCAAAAGCAAGUUCGUGUGCCCAUGGUGCAGACCGUGCAGAAGUCAGUGGACAUUCCACAAGUGCAGUACGUGGACAAGGUGGUGCACAUCCCGAUCCAGAAGCAGGUCCAAAUACCAAUGGUCGAAACUGUGGAGAAGACGGUCGAGGUGCCACAGGUGGAAUACGUGGACACUCACGUCCACAUCCCUGUGCAGAAGCACAGGAGCGUUCCAGUGCAAGUGCCGGUCGAGAAGCCUGUGGAGGUCAAUGUGAUAGAAACCACCGAGAAGAUCGUCGAUGUGCCGGUUGUGAAGCAGGUGGCCGUGCCACAAGUGCAAACAAUUGAGAAGAUUGUGGAGGUGCCUUUCGUUCAGGUCGUGGAGAACGUGGUGGAAGUCCCCCAGGUUGGACAGACGACGCAGGGCAGCGUGCGGGAGGAGCAUGUUCAGAUGGAGACGAGGCGCGAAGAACACCCAGCUGAAGUGGUUCAGCAGUUCCUGGUUGGCCCGGACCAUCCCGUGCAGUAUGUCAGCGGUGAGGAAGCGCUGGCAGAUGCACCGCAAGAGCCAGUUCAGCCCUCGUACUGAGGUUUGAGAACAAGCGCGAUCUGAUUUGCUUUGAGGGCCAUCCCGAACGGGACUUAGCGCAGUGCAAGCUGCAAGCUAAAAUAUUUGUUGCUUGCUGCAAAGCAGCUGCUGGGUUGCCCCAGUGGCCUUUUUGCGUACACAUAGGUCAUAUGACUGCAUCCUGUCAGCCUUCUUGUUCGUUGAGGUGC